AUGCCUCGUAUUCGCAACGACCCAAACCUGGACGUAUGUCCAGAUUAUGCGUCGGAGGACUUCGUCGCCACCCGAGCUCAACUUAUCAAUGAGAACACCACGGACGCUCAAGCGAUUCAGUUGCUUAAGAAUAUUUGGGAAGCUAACAAUAAUAUGGACAAGCGCCGUUGGCAACAGCAGAAGAACGAAGAUAGAGAAGAGCAAGUGCAACGUCAGCGUCUUGAAGACGACGAGCAAGAGAGGUUGAAUCAAGAACGCGCCAAGGAAGAAGAGGACGCACAUAAGGAAGAACGGAAAAAGAACAAAUUCAAGUAUAUUCCGAUUCAGAACACUGGAAUUCCUGACGAGCCCGCUAUUACUCCGUCGUCAUAUGCGCUACGCAAGUUAGACAAAGGAGAAUACGUCGAACUAUGGUACUUUACCAACGAUGGAUUAGAUGAGGCGUCAAUCAAGAAGACUAUCGACGACGAUGCUAUGGUAUUGUCGACGUUAGCUGAUGGUUCCACAGCAUGGAUAUCCUCAGCCUCCGCUCGAAGCGCUCGCUCCGUCAUCAACGACGAGAAUUUACCUUUCGAAGAAUUCUGUCAAGCAUGCCCUCGCUUCCUAACAGCAUUA